GCCGUUGAUCUCUCACGAACCGUUCAGCACCGUUUACAAGCUUAUAUACUGUAUAUUAUACAUCCCUUUUCUGCUGCCGUUUUGGUUCGUGAGCUACCUGGUAGGGCCGCGGUCCUGGCAACCCCAUCCAACGUGGAAUUUACGGCAAGUCAUAUCCGCCCGUCUGGCUCGGGAAUACAUCAACACGACCGGUCGGACUCAGACGCCUUGUAGCCUCUCGCUCAAGCCUCGCAGCUCACGAGAAAGAUUCGUGGUGAUCACACCAGCGAGCUCAUCCUUAUACCGCCAUCCCUUCCGUAGCGUAGACAUACUACCCGCGCCGAUCGGCGCAACGUGGUUCUUGGAGUCUUCGACAGAGGAGACGGGCUUAGGAUCGUCGUCUCCAGUACUUCUCCAUAUGCACGGAGGCUCAUUCAUCACCGGGGAUGGUCGCCAAGAGAGUAUCAGCUUCCUAAGCUCCUUGCUGCUCAAGCACACGCGUGCGGUCGCCGUUUUCGCCCCGCAGUACCGACUGGCAUCGCGCCCCCUAUCGCAGCCUUUUCCUGCCGCACUCCAAGAUACCCUGACGAGCUACAUGUACCUCGUGGACACAGUCGGCAUAGCUCCGGAGAACAUAAUCCUCUCCGGCGAUAGCGCAGGCGGAAACCUCGUGAUCGGCCUUCUGCGAUACCUCUCAGCCCACGGCAAAGAGCUCGGGAUUCCUCUACCAGCAGCCGCAGUCCUCAUUUCACCGUGGGUAGCACCCAGCGCGAUCGUAGGCCCCGAGCUGGUGGUGAGAAGCAACCCCCAUUUCGCAUCAGACUACUUACCGUUCUCCUUACUUCGGUGGGGAGCCACCGCUUAUGCCGGCAACGCCUCCGUCAGUGAUCCCUACAUCUCACCCUUGGGACACGCUUUCGCCACCCCGGUGCGGACAUUUGUCAACGUCGGCACCGCUGAAUUAUUCGAGAUGGACAUUACUCGCUGGGCCAAGGAGAUGGAGCGCGUGGAGGGGAAUUGCAUAGAGUUGAAUUACGAAGCCGGCGCCCCGCACGAUACCCUUCUGAUGGGUCAUCUUCUGGGUUGGGAAGCGAGCGCGGAGAAGGUCGCGAUGCGGAUCGGUUCUUUUCUGCGCUAGGUUUCUAGUUGUAAGGUACCUACAGGUACCCUAGCAUUUAGCCGCCCCACCCCUCCACACUCUAUAGUACGGGUACAUCCGGAGCCCCACCUAGGUACAUACCUAGGUACCCGACCCCUCUCUAACGUGCCUAAAACAGGUACCUGGAGGGUACCUUAGGUACCUAGUCUAAUGUAUAGGUAUAUUUCGCAC